UCUCUAUGCAAAUAUAUAUACACGCACGUUUCCGGGUGUGGGUGUUUGUGCGGCUGCUGCUGCAACAAGGUGGUAGCGGAGGACAAACGCCGUUUUCUAUGGUGCAGUGGCUGUGACUGACCCCCCCCCUCCCCACAACCCUGAGGAGGCGGAAGGAAAAACCCAUAGGCUUUGCAAAAAUUUACAACAGGAACGGACAGCAAUCAUCAUCAUCAUCAUCAUCAUCAUCAUAAAAACGCAGUGCGAGUGAUCAGCUUAAGAGCUGAAGAAAUCCACAGUGUAAACAAGAUUUGAUGGAUCUAAUAAUGGAAUACUGAACAGUAUAGUUUCUGUAAUUAUUAUUAUUAUUAGUACUCCACCCAUCAGACUGGGUUUCCCCAGCCACUCUGGGCGGCUCCCAACAGAAUAUUAAAAACACGAUAAUAUAUCAAACAUUAAAAACUUCCCUUCAGAUGUCUUCUGAAACCCAGAUAGUUGUUUAUUUCCACAGGGUGGGUGCCACUACCGAGAAGGCCCUCUGACUGGCUCCCUGUAACCUCACUUCUUGUAUGCAGGGAUUUAUGAUAUGUAAAAUGAACCAUGGAAAGAGAAGAAGGGAAGUCAUUGAUAUCUUAAGGAUGUAAAAGGGGUAUUUUAAAUUGUAAAGCAGAAAACUUAAUAAAAAGAGAGCUAUGACGCAAAAUAUAGAAUACAUAUAUUUGAAAGUUCUGAUGGAUCCAAUAUGGAACUUACUUUCAAGCAAGCAUGUGUUUACCCAUUGUUUUCACUGAGGUUUAUUCUAAGAUAAGUAUGCAUAGGAUUGCGGCCUUAAAAUUAAAAUGGUGUUUUUAGAGCAAGCAAGUCCCAGUAAUUUUGGUGAAGAACAAUGUACCUGUCCUGGGCUUGCAGGUUUACAGUUUGAUUUUAGAGUGUUGAUCACCCUGUAGGAUCUACCCUCAAGGAAAUUCACAUAGGCCUUAGUUCUUAAUAAAGUUAAGCAAAAAUGUGUUUUGGAGUUUAAAGCAGUUUGGGCACAGGUUUUCAGACACCUUGACGUUGGGCAUAUAGUUGAUGUGAUGCCUAAACUUUGUUAUGAGGCAAAAUGAAAACCUGGAGUCUCCUCAAGUGCAAGAAUAUUUGCUUACUAUCCAGUCACUUAAGGCUGUGUUUGUAUCAACAGAGCACACAUUGGCUAGACUAGAGCAACCUUUCUCAACUUCAGGUCCUCAUCUGUUGUUGGACUACAACUCCCAUCAUUCCUAGCUAGCACAACCAGUGAUCAGGGAUGAUUUGAGUUGGCAAUAAGAUACAGCAAAGGACUGGGGGAAAUCGGAGUUCUCCAACUGCUUGGAUCUCCUUGGUUGCAAACAACACCCCGUAUGCCAGUUAUUGUACUACUCCAGUGAAUUACCAGUGUGGUUCCUGAAUAUGUGGAAGUCAUUUCUUCCCCUGCCCGCAUAUUCUCAAAAUGUUGUAGAAUGAUCCUCAGUUGUGCUUUCCUAGUUGUGAGAAUGACAUGAUCUUACAUUUCCUGUGUGUGGUAUUAGUGCAAUCCACAAGUUGGGCUGGUGUUGAAUUGGGGGAGGGAGACUUAGAAGUGGAAUCUGUCAUUUUAAAUAUCAGCUAAGAAAUCUUAGUAAUGACUGUGAGCCUGCAUACACACUGCACCUUUAAAACACAUUUGAAGUGCAUCUCAAUAAACCCCCCCCCCAAAAAAAAGGGAAUUUGGGGCACUGUAUUUACCCAUACAUUCUUACAAUUCCCAGCAACUUGUUGACAAACUACAGCACCAAGAAUUAUUUGAGGGGAGAAAUGUGCUUUGAGUGUGCUUUAAAAGUAUAGUGUGCAUGCAGUCCAAGUAACAGUGAUCCAACUUGGCCUUAUGGUUCUUGGACAGAAAUAUGCGACUCUGAUCAGCAGUUGGAACGAAGCAUUCAUUAAUACAAUAUGUGCCUGAGUUCCACUGACAAAAUGUGAAAGAUGUAAUUUAUUUGGUCAACUUUGCAGGUACAGUGGUACCUUGGUUCUCAAACUUAAUCCGUUCCGGAAGUCCGUUCCAAAAGCAAAGCUUUCCAAAAACCAAGGUGUGCUUUCCCAUAGAAAGUAAUGCAAAACGGAUUAAUCCAUUCCAGACUUUUAAAAACAACCCCCAAAACAGCAAUUUAUCAUGAAUUAUCUAACGAGACCAUUGAGCCAUAAAAUGAAAGCAAUAAUCAAUGUGCUGUACUAUAAAAUAAGACAGUAUUGUAGAUGAUAAAAACUACAAUUAAUGGAGUACAUUAGAAUCUGGGUGGCUUGUUGCAAAAAUCCAAAAAGGCUCCUGUACCUUCAGAAGUUAUAUGUAGGACAUGACCUAACUAUUAAAGGUGCAGGAGGCCUGUGUUUUUUGCAUCUGACCACCCUAGGUACAAUACAUUGUGCCAGAACCUCUGUGCUCUGAGUGAAAAAAGAACUAGCUUGAACACAACUGAGAUGGUUCAUGGGAAGAAACCUGCACGGUCCUAGUUUCAUAAUCCUGUGCACAUACCCCCCCCUCCCUCCAUGUAAUGUGUGGCAUAGGUGCUGCAUAUUUUAACUUGUCUCAAGCAAUGUAAAUUCAGAGUGACAACUUUUGCAGGUACAUUUUCAGGAGACUAUGGAAGUUUUUGCCUUUCCUUUGCUAGUAGCAUUCACCCGUACAGUCUCAAUGACAGCUCUUUGGGGCUUCAGAUUUAAACACCAAUCUGCCAUGAGACAUUAUAGUAAAGCGAAUCUGUUUGUAGGCUGGGAAUGCAUAACAAAUUGAAUAACUUCCUGCUCUCUUGCUGAGGAAUCUGUGUGGUUAGAAGGUUUUAGCCCAAACCUGAGAUUCUUUCUUCACUCACUUCGCGAGCUUUCCAGAGUAAACUGACUCAAUUUUUUCCCCCAUUCAGGAGGAGAAAGCACUAAAACUGCAAAUUGGAAGUGAGGUUUGUUACAUGAAAACAACAAAAGCAAAUUUAGAACCUUUGCUGUGUUCUUGCACCAUGAAAAGUGACGGUUCCAAGUUUUGUGAAGCUGGAAAGUUAUCAAUUUCUUUAAAAAGUACCACUACAUAAACAGCCGUUACAAAUGUUAACUCCAGACGGUUGGCAAAAUAUAUAAACUAGCAAUGUUCCGUGGACAAUGUUUACAGAGAAAAUGUUAUAAUUGCUUUGUUUUUGCAUUUGUAGGGCUACUUGACUUUUCCAAAGGUUUGGGUUGUGGUUAUACAUGCAUUUACCUGGAGCUAAGCCACCCCACUGAGCCUAGGGCUUGCUGAUCAGAGGGUCGGCAGUUCAAAUCCCUGCGACGGCGUGAGCUCCCAUUGUUGGGUCCCUGCUUCUGUCAACCUAGCUGUUCGAAAGCAUGCCAAAGUGCAAGUAGAUAAAUAGGUACCGCUCCGGUGGGAAGGUAAACAGCGUUUCCGUGCGCUGCUCUGGUUCGCCAGAAGUGGCUUAGUCCCUUGGCCAGUAAAGCGAGAUGAGCACUGCAACCCUAGAGUCAUCUGCGACUAGACCUAAUGGUCAGGGGUCCCUUUACCUUUUCCUUUAAGCCACCCCACUGAACUCAGUGGGUCUUAUUUAUGGGUAAACGUGUAUGUGAAACUUGCAGCCAUCAGGAAGACAUUAAGACUGCAAUCUUGUACCCAGUCGUCAAAAGAUAUGUCCCACCAUAAAGAGUUUUCAAAAUAGAAGAUCUUCAAAAGCAUCCCUAGUUUUUUGUUUCUGUUUUUUAAAUCAAAAUAGCCAUUGACUUAAGUUGAUCUAAAAUCAUAAAAGUUUUGCUGUGACUAACAAAAUGUUUCUGUGGAAAUUGGUCAUUGUUGAAAGCUGUUGUGAUUUUUAUUCUCCCUGUAACAGGUCCAAGGAUAUUGCAUGAAAGUAAGAUGUCUUUAAAUUCAUCUGUGAUUUCAGAAGACCAAAAGAACCACCAGGGAAUAAAAAGAAAUUUUGAAGGCCUGAAUAGUUUAGAUUCACAGAAUACGUCGAUGUUGCAGGAAACACCACUUGAAAACCUGCAUCUAGCGCCUCAGACUGUUCUUGAAAGAGCCCCAAAACAAGGGAGAUCAAAAUGUCCCAGAUGUAAUAGUUCAAGGAUGUUCUAUUGUUACACAUGCUAUGUUCCAGUUGAAACUGUUCCCACCGGAGAAAUUCCUGUUGUGAAGCUUCCAUUGAAAAUUGACAUCAUUAAGCAUCCCAAUGAAACGGAUGGCAAAAGCACAGCUGUACAUGCCAAGCUCCUGGCGCCCGAAGAAGUUACCAUUUACACAUACCCUUGUAUUCCAGACUACGAAGGAAUGAGAGACGAAAUUGCACUUAUCUUUCCUGGGCCUAAUUCAGUCUCAAUAAAUGACAUCCCCCUGUGUUUGCAAAACAAAUCUAAGAAGAAGGUUGACUGUGGCGAGGACGAGGACCCAUCAGCAGAACCAGUCCUCAAAUGUGCGAAAACAGAGUCAGGCAGUGAAAACGACUUGGGCAAACACCAGUUUCACAGCAUGAGCGAAAAUGCUCCGUUGAAGAAAAUUGUAUUUAUUGAUAGCACCUGGAAUCAAACGAACAAAAUAAUCACAGAUGAGCGGCUCCAAGGAUUGCUGCAAAUUGAACUGAAGUCGCGGAAAACCUGCUUUUGGCGUCAUCAGAAAGGAAAGCCAGAGACGUACCUGUCUACCAUCGAAGCAAUUUAUUAUUUCCUAGUCGACUAUCAUAAGGAAUUCUUGAAAGAAAAAUAUGAAGGACAGUAUGACAACCUCCUUUUCUUCUUCUCGUUUAUGUACAAAUUGAUAAAGAAUGCCAAGUCAGCAGGAAAAGACUAAGGCAAUAUCUUUUUCAUGUGAAUAACAAAAAACAACCCCCUAAAAUAUUCCUUACGAUCCAUUGUACUUUAUUCUUUUAAACUUAUUGGUAACAAUUGAAUUAAAUAAAUUGCACAGUUGGCUA